AAUCGAAGCAAAACUAAAGGAGAUUAAACAAACAGGAUGAACGUGUACAUACAAAACACCCAGCUAAAUGUAUCCACGCUCAAUACAUACUGAUAAGGUCAUAUAGCAUUUAAUUCUACCCACCCUUCUCUGUCGACCUUGGUAAAAUUAUUAUUAUUGUGAAUCAUACAAAAGGGUUGCUUUCAGUUUGACUUUUGGAUUGCCCCCAUCAACCUGUUAUUCAUAAAGUUUUGAUUUUGAUUACACCCACAACUUCAAAAUCAAAUUUUAGUAACCCCUUUUAAGGGAUUUUCAUUUUGCUGUUGCAAAUUGAUUGAAAUAGAAAUGUGGGAUUCUGUGAGAAGAAUAGGAUCAGGCACUGGUUCUUGGUUGCAAGAAAAAUUCUUUGACCCUCUUCUUGUAGUUCUCCAAAGGGGUGCUGAACCGAGUCAAUUGGCAUUUUCAGCUGCUGUUGGCAUUACUUUUGGAGUGUUUCCCAUAUGUGGGAUAACUGUAUUUCUUUGCGGGCUGGCAAUCGCAGCUCUUGGAUCUCGUUGCAAUGCUCCAACCGUAAUUAUGGCUAAUUGUAUUGCUACUCCAAUUGAGCUGAGUUUGAUAAUACCUUUCCUGCGCCUUGGCGAGUUUCUUACUGGCGGUGAUCAUUUCCCUUUGACAUCUGAUGCUUUCAAGAUGGUUAUAAGCGGACAAGCUUCACAAGAGAUCCUUCAAAGCAUCUUCCGUGCGAUGUUGGGGUGGCUUGUUGCUGCACCUAUCAUCCUGGCGGCCCUCCAUUUAUUGUUUUUGCCCUGUUUUACUAUCCUGGUUCGCAGGUACAGCAGUGGCCCACCAAGCCCAAGGACACCCCUCCUAUCUCUCGCAGAUGUUAAUCUCAAGGUACGGGAUGUAUGAUAAGCAUCAUAGCUCAUCCCGAUAAUUAACUUGAUUGAUAAGGAAGACAUUAAUGCCCAGUACCCUCCCUGUAUAUAAAUUUGUAGUUUGUGUACAAGAUUCAAGCUCUAUAAGCAUGUAAUAUUGUUGUUAGCAAAGUGUAACAAGUAGAAGCAUCGACAUGGGAUGUGCUUCUUGCCAAUAGAUAUGAAAAGGAUAUUUGUAAAAAGCAGCAGGUUGAUAGGAUGAUUUAUGAGCUACAAGUAAUCCAACCAUUAGACUGCUGAUCAAACAGCCAUGGGAGACUAAGCCCCUUAACUGUGUAAGCAGUUGUUCCAAUGAUAUCUGCAGGUCCAGCACUUGAGUUAUGCUGUAGUUCCAAUGA